CAGCGUUGUUUGUGGUCACCGCCAAAAUUUGCAGUAAUUAUUUUCAGCGGUUCGCUGAGGCCAAACAGGUACGUCUGAGCAGGCCUUAACCAUACAAAGCUUCCCAGAAGAAAACCCCGUCGAUCUCCUCUUCAUCUCCACAAUUAUCGAGUGCUUCUUCUCUUCCUCUCUCGAUAUCUCUAAUGGAGAAAGAAAAAAGUGCGGCGUUGGCGUCUUCUCUGCAGAAACUACAUCUCGAUUCGGAACCCAAGCCCAAGGCGAUUAAAUCAUACAGAUCCCCUUUUGAGAAGUCUAAGCCUGGGAGUUUAGUCAGCUUAUGCCUUGGGCUCUUAGGCCGACAUUUUGAGGAUAUUAUUCUGGACCUCACAGAGAUUGCUGCAAACUUUCCUCCUGACAUUAGGCUCGCAAUGGCAGCAAUUGCUAGGAGAAGAAAGUUAUUGAAUGAUGAGGUGAUCAUAUCUUUGGCUGAAAGUUCAUGGGAAAUCCUGGAUAUCUCUGGGUCAGAAGUUUCUGAUUUCGGCUUGGCUAAAGUUGCAGAGAAAUGUAAAUUUCUUCGAGCUGUGGAUAUAAGCCAGUGCAGCAAUAUUACUCCAUUUGGUGUCUCAGAGCUUGUACAACAUUGCCGUUCAUUGGAGACAUUAAGAUGCGGAGGGUGCCCCAGGAGUAAUUACACUGCACGCAGAUGCUUGAGUAUUUUGAAGCCAAAACUAAAUGAUGUAGAGGAGGAAUGUUGGGAGGAUCUUGAUAGCAUGGAUAUUGCCAAUGGGGCACAGUCACUGCGCUGGCUUGUAUGGCCAAAGAUAGAUGACGAUUCGAGGGAGAGCUUGGCCGCUGAAUGCCCACGGAUUAUAGUGAACCCAAAGCCAUCACCCUUAGGCUUCAGAGGGGUCGAAGUUCCUAAUGAAGCAUUACCUGGCAUAGCAUUGGAUGACCCCAUAGUCAAAGACAUUGACCCAAAGACAUGGGAGGUUUGUAGAGUAGCUGCCCCAAGGGCCAUUUUGCCUUCAACUCACAACCCCAAUGAACUGCCCAUGGCUGAGAGAUUUAGGCUUGCAUUUGUGGAGAGGGAAGCUCGGUUAGCACCAAAGAGGGCAAAGAAUGCAAGGCAACAUAAACGACGUGCAGAUAGAGAGUGGGUAAUGAGGAGUGCAGAUGCAAAGUCUAUAGCAUUGGCCUCACAGCUGAGCAAGUCCCUGCAUGGUCGAAGCUGAUAAAUUAACUUGUAUAUAUUUGAUCAUGGUUUCUUUUUCAGUUGAGAACUGAAUUGGGAGGGUGUCAUUUGCUUGUAUGUUUAUUGUUUUGGUGUGUACAAUAAAAUUCUGGCAUGCUGUGUACGAUAAAAGAAGGAAUUAGUUCGGUUGAGAGCGUUUGGAUAUUUCUUGACUUCUGGAUUAGGUAGGUUAUGAAUUAUGAUGGCCAAGGUGGUUUCGCCGGCCAAAAUUUUAUCUGCCGUGCGCUCGGGAGAAACGGGAGGGAUGAAUCCGGUUGAAUCGGACAGAAAAAUACAAAAAAUUAAAAGAAUCCAUGCAUCUAACCAUCUAGGGACAAUCGCAGGCUUUGAAAAGGAGAAGUUUAUAGUUUCUUUUAAUGGCUGACGCAAUUGUUUUUAGGGCCAGCUUGUGCAGCUAUUAUUGAAUACAUCUGAAAGCCCUUCUCUACUGUAAUAUUAAUAUUCCUUUUGUUCUUAUCUUCUUAUUCCUUUGUAUGAAUUUGGGCCUUUUUUUA